AUGGCCUCUCUGAAGAAUGGAAUCAAGUCGCCAAUCAAGCCGGCUCCUCGUGUAGCCGGCUCAACACAAGAUGUGUGGUCAAUAAUCAAUGCCGCGGCAGCAUCUACCGAAAAGCAGCCUGUAGUAAACAUGGGACAAGGCUUCUUCGGCUACAAUCCUCCCCAAUUCCUGAUAGACGCCGCGAAAAGCGCUGUGGAGCGCCUCGAUUGCAACCAGUAUGCACCUCCAAAGGGUCGUCUCCGUCUGCGACAAGCCGUUUCAAAUGCGUACUCUCCUUUCUGGGGCCGGAAAAUUGAUCCAGAGACGGAAAUUGCCAUCACCACCGGCGCGAACGAAGGGUUUCUCAGCUGUUGCAUGGCAUUCUUGCAGCAGGAUGACGAGGUUUUGCUAUUGGAGCCAUUUUUCGACCAAUACAUCAGCAAUAUCGAGAUGGCCGGAGCCAAAGUCGUCUCGGUGGCGCUACAGCCACCAAAGUCAGGAAUGACGAAAACGCACUCGGCGGGCGACUGGUCGCUCGACAUUGAAGCUCUGAAGAGAGCCGUAACUCCUCGGACACGAAUGCUUGUGCUGAACACUCCUCACAACCCCUUGGGAAAGAUCUUCAAUGCAAAUGAGCUGAAACAAAUCGCGGAAGUGUGUGUACAGAACAACAUCCUUAUCAUCUCCGAUGAGGUCUAUGAUCGACUAUUCUAUGUUCCGUUCACUCGCAUUGCGACCAUGUCGCCUGAAGUUGAGCGACUCACUUUGACCCUCAGCUCGGCGGGAAAGAACUUUUAUGCCACAGGUUGGAGAGUUGGCUGGGUAUUGGGACCUCCAGAGCUGAUCACAUACAUUGUAAAGGCACAUGCACGCAUCUGCUAUUGCUCUCCAUCACCAUUGCAAGAAGCGUUUGCUAUUGGAUUCGAACAGGCUGAAGAUAACGGUUUCUGGGACGAAUGCAUCAGGGACAUGAAGUUCAAGAUGGACUUUUUCAACGACAUCUGGAACGAACUCGACAUGCCCUACUCAGAGCCAGAAGGCGGCUACUUUGUCGUCGUCAACAUGAGCAAAGUAAAGCUGCCGGAGAACUAUCCCUUCCCACCCCACGUUCUUGAGCGUCCGAGGGACUUCAAGCUGGCGUGGUUCCUGAUUCAAGAACUUGGCGUAGCAGCGAUUCCGCCAAGCGAAUUCUACUCACCACCGAAUCAGCAUAUUGGCGAGCAGUGGAUGCGAUUUGCUGUGUGUAAGCCGGAUUCUGUGCUUGAAGCUGCCAAGGAGAGGUUACGAGGGUUGAAAGAGUACAUGUAG